UGUUUUCCACGGGAAAGUUUCUUUACGGAAAUGUUUGGAGGAGAUAAACCCUGAUGCGCGUAAUUUUACGCACUCCAUCGUAUUCCCGCUUUGUGCCUGUAUACAAUCGUUUUGCACUUUUUUUUUUCCAGUUUCUCUUUUUUACACGUCAGACAUGCUGCUCUGUUCGCGUUCCAGCUGUCUGGUUCUGGUGUUGGAUUGAGAUCAACUUUACGCACAGGAGAGCAGUGAUGGAUCGAGCAGCGACAAACUGCAGCAUAUGUUGCUGCACAGCUGUCAACAAAAUAGUGAUGGUGGUCUUCAUGAUAUUCCUGAUGUUUGCUAUAUUGUUUGGAAAUGCUCUGACUUUGGCUGUAGUGCUCGGAACUAAACAUUUCCACACACCUCACGGCUAUCUGAAAGCCUCUUUAGCUGUGGCGGAUUUGGCCGUGGGGAUGUUUGUGCUUCCUCUGUCCGUGUACGCAGAGAUGGCGCUCAUGCUGACGGACGCAGCACCGGGCUGGACCGUGCGUAAUUCCCGGCACACACCUCUCCACCCGUGCAUUGUCAUCGGCCCGGUGUUUGCAGGCUGCACGCUGGUUUCCAUCACCACAGUGUUUCUUCUCACUAUCGAGCGCAGUAUUGCAGUUUUAAAGCCUUUGCACAAGGAGGCCGUUAUUACAAGAAGGCGCACCAGCAUGGUGAUUGUAUUUUCCUGGACGGGCAGCUUUUUCUUAGCACUCUCUCCCCUGAUCUUCAGCAGGAAGCUGGCGCUGGAGUAUAACGCCUGCAGCAGAAUGUGCAUUUACGCGUUAGGAGCCAACGAGUUUCCCAGGCAGGCAUGGCAUAUUCUUUUACUUUUCCCAGCCUUCGAUUUUACUCUGCUCUUCGGAACUAUUGUUACAAAUAUUAUUUCCUUCACUACGAUCCGCCAUCAUUCAAAGAAAAGAAGGCGUCUGGCUCAAGCGGGCUGCCAAAGUACAUCAGGACCAAGUUUCUCCGACAUCAAGGCUGCGAAAACCAUCGGCGCGCUCACGCUGGUCUUCACCGCCUCCUUCACUCCUGUUGCAGUGUUUGUUGUCGGAAACGUCAGUGGAAACGAAUGGUGCAAUUUCUCCUUUUUGGCUUUUUGGCUUUUGGCCGCGAGCAGCUGCUGGAAUGUCAUCAUCUACAGUGUGAGAGACCAAAAGUUCCGAAUCCGAGCGCGUCAGCUUCUCCUGUUCUCCAAAACAAAGACUUCUCCCUAAGAGUUGUAAAAAAAAAAAAAAAAGUUUUUAUUAUAAAUGGCUACAUUUACGCACACGCUGCCUGAUCAGAUCAUACAUAUACCGACAUCCAUACGCGUUUGGGUAUAUGUAUGGGUAUAAUGUUGUUGUUUCAGUUGGAGACUGAUGCAGGGAUGUAACUGCUGUGAGGGCAUUUUAAAUAAUCUUAAGGGUGAGUAUUUUAGCAGGGGUUCUGGUGAAUUUAACAAUUUAGCACUGUUGCCUUGCACCUACAGGUUCUGGGUUCAAUUCCAGCUUCUGGUCUGUAUACAUGAAUUGGCACCCUGUCCACCUCACCUGUGGGCCCUAAGUCUUCUGGAAUCAAUCCAGAUGGGGUACGAUGAAUAAGUAAUUAUUAGAGUUAUUUCAGUAAAAUAAUAAAGGACAAUCUUUAUAUCUUGGUGUCUAUCAAAUUCAAUAAAAUAUCAAUAUAUCAUUUUCUCUUUCUCUGUCGCUCUCAUUCAUUAUCUAUACUAAUUAUCCUGUGCAAGGUCGUAGGACUCAGGGGACGUGGGCAUGAGGCUGGGUACAACCUGGACAGGGUGCCGAUCCAUCACAGGGUACAAAAGCAUAUAGGCCUACUGUAGGCACUUCCUCUCACACUAUAGGCAAUUUGGAAAAGCCAGUUAGACUACUCUGCAUGUCUAUGGACUGUGGAAGGAAACUGGAGUACCCAGAGGAAACCCACCAUGCAACCAAGCAGGAAUCGAACCCUCAACCUUGCAGUUGUGAGGCCACUGUGCCACCUCAAAAUAAUAUCCUACAUUGUAAUGAAAGUCAUAAAAAUUUAGGUUAGUUUUCAGCUUGGUACAUGAUAUUUCUA